AUGUUAACAUUUUCUUGAUUUUAUAGAUUAAUUUUAUUAAUUAUUAUUUUAAUAAUUUUUAUUAAAUUUAAUAAACAUAUUUUAUUAAUUUUAAUAAGACUAGAAUUUUUUGUUAUUAUAAUGUUUUAUGUGUUAUUUAUGUAUUUUAGAAUACUUAAUGUUAAUCAAUUUGUUUCUUUAUAUUAUUUAAUUUUUUCGGUAAAUGAAAGUGUAAUAGGACUUACUAUCAUAAUUAUUAUUAUACGAAGUGAAGGAAAUGAUUAUUUAAGUUCUUUAAGAGUAUUGAAAUGAUAA